CCCAGAUAACCGGAGACGCUCCAUCCCGCAACAAUACUAGUCGUCAAUGCGCCAGAACGGGCUUUGCAAACUCCCUGCAUAUCUGCAUAUUUCCUCCGGUUCGCAGUUCUCCGGCUCGGUCCAGUCGUUCACGUCCAAUACAAUAUCGCUGCCUGUGUGAUCGAUUCAUCUACGAUUACGUCAAGACUCAGCAUGAUAGUCGCUGCGCAACCUUUCUGAUAUUAUCAAUCAAGUCUGCCGCUGCUGGUGCUCAACCCUUGAACCCCUCCCAGAGCACGCUCAUGGUCCAGAUGCGGUAGAGACACGUCUCACCCUCGAUCCGUCCAGCAGCCAAUCCUCCUCCUCUUCUUCGACUCUGGCGCGGAAGCCAACAUCUCCCCACACACAAAUCCAGUGACCUUACCCACGAUGUUGGACCAUGAGGAUGCCUUUGCAGAGGAGGCGCAAGAGGAGGUCAGAUUGGCCGAGGAAAGCAACCCCGACUCUACCACAAACGCGACAUUCCAUAUCAGCGACGGCCAAGAUGAUGAGGAGGACGAGAUGAGCCCUCUGAUGAGCCCUCACCAACGUCGGAAGAAACCCAUCGCACAUACAAGAGCUCGCCCAAGUUUGGAGAGGGCCAUCAAUGAACCUUGGAAUGGCGCUCACGGCUCGAGUGACCUCCCCUGGUACAAGACACCUUCAAUAUUUUGGCUCCUUCCUGCCUUCUUUCCCUUCUGCAUCGCCUUUGGCGGCAUCAUUGUUCCCAAAACAUACCUCAUCCUCGACCUGAUCUGCAAGGACUACCUCUCGGAACAAGCAUCAAAGAACCCCAACUUCAAGUUUCUACCUGUUGUCCUGGGAGAAGAGAAUCCACAGUGCAGAGAUCCACACGUGCAAGCUCGGGUUGCCAACUUCAACCUGUACAUCAACCUUCUGAGUGGAGUCUUUUCCGCCGUGAUCUCUCCCCAUCUGGGUUCGCUUUCAGACCGGAUCGGACGAAAGAAGGUCAUGGUCUCUGCCUCCCUCGGGGCCCUUGCUGCCGAGAUCAUCACCAUCAUUGUCGGCCAGACCAACGGCCAGGUGUCGGUUUACUGGUUGCUUCUUGGAGGCCUGAUAGAUGGUCUGUGUGGUUCAUUCACCACGGCAUUAGCUUUGGCCUUUGCCUAUGCGUCCGAUUGCUCUCCCCCGGAACGUCGAGCUGUCGCUUUUGGCUAUUUUCAUGGAACACUCUUUGCCGGGAUUGCGUUGGGCCCGAUCGUGUCGGGCUACCUGAUCAAACUGACGGGGACAGUCAUGAUUGCAUUCUACCUUGCUCUUGCGUGCAACGCGUUCUUCAUUGUUUUCACCCUCUUUGCUGUGCCCGAGUCUCUGUCCAAGGAGCGCCAACUGCUGGCAAGGGAGAAGAGACAGUUCGCUCAGGCCGAGUUACCGGACAGUGACUGGCUUACGACCAUCAAGAACUACAACCUCUUCGAGCCGCUCUGGGUUCUGCGGCCCAAAGGCGAAGGCUCGAGCUCGGCGUUGAGGAAAAAUCUGUUCGUGCUCGCGGCGAUUGACACGAUGAUGUUCGGCGUAGCAAUGGGAACCGUGCAAAUCAUGAUCAUCUAUGCAGAAUACCGCUUCGGCUGGACUGCCGUCAACUCUAGCAUGUACCUCUCGGCCGUUAACAUCUGCCGCGUGCUGGGUUUGGUCCUCAUCCUGCCAUUGCUCACCCGAUUCUUCCGGGGUCCCGCACAAAUGCGCUCCAAAGGACACAAAGGUUCGGAUAUGCUCGACAUUUGGAUCAUCAGGGGUGCUGUCAUCUUCGACCUUGUCGGGUACAUUGGUUAUGCUUUCACCCCAUCCGGUGCGAUUAUGGUGCUGUCCGGCAUGAUUGCAUCUCUCGGGGGGAUUGGCUCGCCGACCCUACAGUCGUCUCUCACGAAGCAUAUCCCUGCAGAUCGAACAGGCCAAGUGCUAGGUGCCUCUGGGCUUCUGCAUGCCCUGGCACGUGUGGUAGCCCCGACGGUCUUCAACUUGAUUUACAGUCAAACGGUGGGCAUUUACGCCGGGAUUGUGUUCAUUUGCCUGGCUUCGAUUUUCGUCAUUGUGUUUAUUCUCAGUUGGUUCUUGCGGCCGAACGUCUACCUUGCGGAGCCAUCUGCCGUCCAUCUCGACGAAACAGAGGAUGACGAGGACCAUCUUGAAUGAAUGAAUUGCGUGUAUAUCUAUCCGGAUUUGCGAUAUACUGUACCCGGGAGGAUUAUAGAUUUGAACUCCUUUUUUUUCUCCCUCUCCUGCGUUGGAUGGCGAAUUCACCUUUUUUUUUUCCCGCGGCCACGCAGUCAAUUUGCCCGUGUCUGUGUAUUUAGCAUAGCUCUUGUAUCCGGUAUUUAUGUACAUACCUACGCGUGUACACGACUAGACAACAUUUGGGGAGAUGGUCGGGCCGUUGUUGUUUCCCUCCAAAAUAUCUCUCCCCUAGAAACCACGCCUUGCUCGCCAGAAGCCCGAUCCUCG